AUGGCCGGACAAGAAGCUCACGUCUACAAAUACGCCGAUCGCAGUCAGCUGUUCUACCAGUGUCAAAUCAGCAUCACCAUCAAGGAACCCAACACAGAGUGUGCACGACCGCAAUGCGCUGAGCCGAAAGGGUUCGGAGCUGUGAAACAAGCCCAACAACCGCAAUUCUUCCGUGUGCUAAAGAAGAGAUCGCUGGAAGCUCUCGAAAACGUCCUCGAUGUCCGCACCGAGAUCACCGCUCUCGACGUGAUCGACGGAGAGGUCAGUCCAUCCGAAAGUCUACCAGCUCUACCUCAAGCUGCUCGUCUUCAGUCUGACGCCCAGAUGAUGACGCUUCCGUCAGAUGGCGUUUGCAUGUCGUUGCAAGUAAUGUCAGUUCUUGUCGCUGGACUCGUCUUUAUCCUCAUUGUCAGCGUCAUCUCCACAGCACUUUGUCUGCGAGUGAAGAAAUAUUAA